UACUCGCCAAAAACGAUGGCCACCACCGUAGCCGCCGCCGCCGAAGAACUGCGCGUACCCGGUUCGCCUCAGCCGUACGCCCUGCGCGUCCGCGGUUCGUGGCGCGAUUAUUUCGACCCGCCGCCGCUGGACGACGACGAAGACGACGAUGCCGCUUGUUGUACCGACACGGACACCGACUGUUGCGUUUCGGACGACGACGACGACCGAUUUUCGUUGUACCGAAGCGACUACGACGACGACGACGAUGACGGGUCGUGCUGUUCGCUGUGCUCGUCGUCCGGUGGCCGCCGCCGACGACGCCGGUACACGCCACCGCCGCCGCCGUCCCUGUCGCCGGUAUUUGAACCGUCCAUGCGCGGGUCGUGCCGGUGCGUCCGGUGCCAGAAGCGCCGGUACUCGCUGGACUUCUUCCGGGGCACCGACUUCCGUCGGGGCAUACCCUCGCCCAACGUGUACAUGAUCGACGAAACCGGAUGCAAAAUCGUCGACGACUACAUCCACGAUCGAGACCUGGACAUUGGUCAUCGGCCGGGCAACGUGGUCAAAGACAAGUCAUUGAAUUUUGUCACUUGGGAACCUUAUUUUUGUGUCCUGCUGCAAGACGAACAAACGCUGACCGCCUACAGGAGCGAAGAGUUAUCUAUAUUUCCCGGGACCGCGCUAAGGACAAUAACGCACGCUUUUAAGAUUGGCGAUUCUUUGUUUGUGGAUUUGCCACGGGUCAGAUUGGACGGAGGAGCAAAGAAAUUCCGACAACGAUGGGGCUAUGAACUGAUCAAUCAACAUCCAGUUUUGUUGGAGGAAGACGAAGGCGAAGAAGAAGACGACGUGACCGAUAGCGUGUCGUUGCAAGAGACCCCUAGUUCCAGACAAAUAUGUGCACUAUCUCCCUUAGAUACGUCUUACGAAAAAGCCUGUCGCCGAGGAAGUGCGCCCACCACGCCAGUGCUGGGCAACACCAGAUCGUUGGAGCUGACCCCGUCCAGAAUUGUGAACUUCUUUUCCAAACGGUCGUUCAGGUCGAAUCCUUUGAAACGGACCAAAAGCGUGACCAAACUGGAACGGAAGAAAGCUCUGGAAAACGAAGGAAACGUCAGUCCAGGCGAACCUCGGCUCAGGACUUCCCGGUCGCACGAGUCCCUAUUGUCCGGCCAAUCGCAGAGCAUCAUGCAGUCGUUGGACUUGAGCAGCGGAGGCGUGGAAAUUAAGCCACUGCACCCGUCCGUGCUGGGUAGGGAAAACUGUUUCCAAGUGACUUUGCCAGCUGGCAACACCAGAUACUUCUCGUGUCGCACGGCCGAAGAACGCGACAAAUGGGUGUACAGCUUGAGGAAAUCCGUCCAACCCGAUCAAGAACACAUACGCCGCACAGAGAAUGCUCUCAAGAUAUGGAUCCUGGAAGCGAAGGGACUUGUCAACAAAAAGCGGUACUUCUGCGAGCUGUGCUUGGACAAAACGCUGUUUGCUCGCACCUCGUCCAAACAGAAGGCCGAACUGUGCUUCUGGGGAGAACAUUUUGACUUUAGCAGUUUGCCGCAAGUCAACGUGGUCAACAUACAUCUGUACCGAGAAGGAGAGAGAAAAAAGAAAAAGGACAAGAGCUUCCUAGUCGGUACGGUCAGUAUUCCGGUGCACGACGUUACGUCAAGGUUUCUCACCGAAAAGUGGUAUCCGGUGCUAACCGAAAAGAACCUAAAGGAUCCGCCAUCGUUGAGGGUCAAAUGCCGGUUCCAGAGCGUUGAUAUUUUACCUGUACAAGUCUAUCAGGAAUUCUUGCAGUAUUUGACGACCGACUACAAGACCAUCUGUGAAAUUUUGGAACCCGUCGUCGGGGUCAAGGCCAAAGAGGACAUUGCCACCGCUCUGGUGCACGUCAUGCAAAAAGAAAACUUGGCCAAGGAGUUUUUGUCUGACAUUGUCAUGAUGGACAUCGAGAAGAUCGAAGAUGAUCGGCUGACGUUCAGGGGCAAUUCCCUGGCCACUAAAGCUAUGGAGGCCUAUUUGAAAUUGACCGGAGAAAAGUAUUUGCACGAAACACUUGGCGAGCUCGUUUCCAACGUACUUCAGGCCGGCUUUGACUGCGAAGUUGAUCCGCUGAAAGCGGGCAGCGCUUCAAACUUGGCCAAACAGCAAGCCAAUCUGAGGCACGCUGUUGAAACCACCUGGAAUCGGAUACUGUCGUCUCACACGUCUUUUCCGUUUGAACUCCGAGAAUGUUUCACGAGAUUCCGAGAACGCAUGAAUCAAACCGGUCGUCACGACAUAAGUGAUAAUUUAAUAUCCGCUUGUAUUUUCUUGCGAUUUUUGUGUCCGGCCAUUCUGUCUCCAAGCUUGUUCAAUAUAACUCAUGAAUAUCCGAACGAAAAAGCGGCCAGGAACUUGACGUUGGUGGCAAAGACAUUACAAACGCUAGCCAACUUCACGCGGUUUCAAGGCAAAGAAAACUUCAUGGAGUUUAUGAAUGACUUCUUAGAACGUGAAGCUGGUUCCAUGAAAUCUUUCCUGAAAAUAAUCUCUAGUCCCGUACCCAAUGGUUAUCCUACGCCGCAAGAUCACUCGACCGAGUUCGACGGACACAUCGAUCUCGGCAAACAGCUGAGCAUACUGCACACGUUGCUUUUGGAAUGUAUUGAGAAAAUAUCUCCGGUACGUCUGCAAGAGGUCGACAGGUUACAUAAAAUACUGGAAAGAGUGCAGACGGCUUUGGCUCAGCCAGCCGGCAUAAGGACUUCGACGAACUGCAACGAGAAUCAACCGAUCGAACAGAAAAAUACUUACCAGCCACCGGUGCAUCAAAAUAUAUUUAGGUACAACGAUCCGACGUCAAAAGAUCAUCAAAAUAUAUAUGGUUCUAUUCAAGGGUCAACGACGAACAGCACUAACAACUUGGUGGGAAGUUCGACGCUGUUGUGCGAGAAACGUCCAACGACCAGCUCGGCUCGUGCUUCCACUCUGCCCCGUAACGCGUUCUUUUCAUCCAAUCCUGGUUCGCCCAACCUACAGCUCUGUGCCAAGAUGAAGUCUGAAGAGCCCGUCCUAGCUUACAACGGUUUCGGUUCACAUCACCAUCAGAACACCAACGGUCAUAAUUCCGACGUGGAAAUGGACCAACAACAGAAAGGCAGUCAAAUGUCCAUAUCGACUCUGUCAAACGUUGCAUCUUCGGGUUAUCAGAGUUUCGCCGCCUACAGCCAGAGUUCGAGUCCGGUCGACCUGACCAACAACAACAACAACAAACCUCCAGUGGCUAACCCCAACGCUGCCUUACCCCCGUUGGCAUUCGUCAAUCCCGUGUACCAACACCAUCAUCACCACCACCAUCAUCAUCAUCACCAGAGAAAACAGAGGCCGCGAUCGUGCAGUUCGUCCGAAGAUGAAACCUUACCAACCAAUGAGAAAGUUGCCCAGGUAGCGCCAAGGUUCUUGCCGCCGCAUCGUGCUCCCAGGACCAACCCCCAGUGCAAUGGCGGCGGCACCGCCAGAUCGUUGGCUUGGAAAUGGUCUCCGAACAAGGUCAACGGCGUGUCCAGUACCAAUUUGAAAUGCGUGCCUGACGUUAAAAAAAUUUGUGCUGCCGAGAAACCUCUGAGAAGACGAGUGUCUAUUGAUUCCAGCCGCGGCAUGUCUGAAGACUCGUCAGAAGACGAAGAUUCGAGAAAUCAAAAUAUUACAAACAAGUUGAAGACUAACCGAAAUAUCGAUCAAAUUAAUUACCAGAAAGAAAUCGAACGUCUUCAGACAAACGUACAAAUUCUUAAGUUGAAACUGGAACAGGCAGAACAUCAGCUCGAGUGUGAACCGGAUUCUCCAGAAGUAAUCGACAAUGAACCCGACAACAUGAAAAACAUUAUCGCCAGGUUGAUGUCUGUUGAAGACGAACUAAGACGAGAACAACGCAAAAUGUCCGAUACACUGACGCAUAAACAACGAGUGAUCGAGGCACAAGAACACCAGAUCGCUGCUUUGGACGCGGCCAACAAUCGGCUGCUGAACGCUCUUAGCCAGCUCAAAGAAAGAUACCAAGGCAACGUCAAAACAACCAGUCCGAACCCGAGUUUGAAUCACAGACUUCUAGCCGAAUUGGGUGAACUGAAGAGUUCAUCGUGUUGAAUCAUUCUCGUGUGCGAUUGUCGCAAAUUGCAUAGUCAGACUCUACAGCAAAGCAAGGCUUUUUAUUCAUUGAAGUAACCAAUGCAAAUUAUUAUUAUAAAAUAUUAUUUUUAUUAUAUCAAGUAUUACUAAGUUUAAUGUGUGUUCUUGUAUUUUUUUUUUUUUUAAUGUGAAUAACGGAGUAUCGUAAUAACAGAUUAUUUUUUAUUUUAGGUAUUUUUUUUAUUAAUCUAUAAAUGCCUUUUAAAUGUAUCAUGAAUAUAUUUUUCACUCUUAAUUGAAUCUUUUUUUUUUUUUUUAUAAAUAUAUUAUAUAAAUAAGUUUCAAGUGCAUUAUAAUGAUAAAGAGAUAGCUUCUAAAAUAAGUUCCUUAUAAAGUUUUCAGUUUUUUGUUUGUUAAGGAGUACGUAUUAUUAUUAUUAUAAACUAUAAUUUUUUAAAAAAAACUAGUGUAUUAUAAUUUUUUAUUAUUUGUGUGUUUUAUGAAUGACAACGAUAAUAAUAUUAUUAUUUUAUUAAUUUAUUAUUUUUUACUUUCUGUUAGAGUUAUGUUGUUGAAUUGUUUAUUUUUUAUUAUUAAUUUUUUUUUUUUAAUAAUAAUGAUGGGAUAUAUAUCAAACU